UUCCUGGUAGAGUAGGUUCCGAAGGCGGAAGUUUAGGUGCCGGAGGCAGCGAAGCGGAGCUGAGGUGUUGCUAUCGUUGCCUGCGGCGCUUCCGGGUUCCCGCUUCACUCUCGGGAGGCGGAGGCGGGAACCUGGAACCAUGGCUGUGAGGCUGCUGCGGAGCCUGGCAGGGUCUGGAGGCUGACCUCGCGACGCCUGUCCGAGGGCCCCCCUGCUCCAGGUUUAGGGUUAUCUAGGGUCGCUCUGUCCUGGCCCCUAGACCCUCAAAAUGACGGCCGCCACCACCUCCAAGUGGGGGCUGGUCACGAACGUGGUGAACAGCAUCGUGGGCGUCAGCGUGCUCACCAUGCCUUUCUGCUUCAAGCAGUGUGGCAUUGUCCUGGGGGCCCUGCUCCUGGUCUUCUGCUCCUGGAUGACCCACCAGUCUUGCAUGUUCUUGGUGAAGUCGGCCAGCCUGAGCAAGAGGAGGACCUAUGCUGGCCUGGCGUUCCACGCCUACGGCAAGGCCGGGAAGAUGCUGGUGGAGACCAGCAUGAUUGGGCUGAUGCUGGGGUCCUGCAUUACCUUCUAUGUCGUGAUCGGUGACUUGGGGUCCAACUUCUUUGCUCCGCUGCUUGGAUUACAGGUGACCUGGACUGUCCGUGUGUUCCUGCUCUUCGCAGUGUCCCUGUUCAUUGUGCUCCCGCUCAGCCUGCAGAGAAACAUGAUGGCCUCUAUCCAGUCCUUCAGUGCCAUGGCGCUCCUCUUCUACACCGUCUUCAUGUUCGUGAUUGUGCUGUCCUCCCUUAAACAUGGCCUCUUUAGUGGGCAGUGGCUGCAGCAGGUCAGCUACAUUCGCUGGGAAGGUGUUUUCCGCUGUGUCCCCAUCUUUGGCAUGUCCUUUGCCUGUCAGUCCCAGGUCCUGCCCACCUAUGACAGUCUGGACGAGCCAUCAGUGAAGACCAUGAGCUCCAUCUUUGCCUCCUCCCUCAACGUGGUCACCGCCUUCUAUGUCAUGGUGGGGUUUUUUGGUUACGUCAGCUUCACUGAUGCCACCACAGGCAAUGUGCUGAUCCACUUCCCCUCCAACCCGGUGACAGAGAUGAUCCGAGUGGGCUUCAUGAUGUCUGUGGCUGUGGGCUUCCCCAUGAUGAUUCUGCCGUGCAGGCAGGCCUUGAACACACUGCUGUUUGAGCAGCAGCAAAAAGAUGGAACCUUUGCUGCAGGAGGCUACAUGCCCCCACUCCGGUUUAAAGUCCUCACCCUCUCAGUGGUGUUUGGAACCAUGGUUGGUGGGGUCAUGAUCCCCAAUGUGGAAACCAUCCUUGGCUUCACAGGAGCAACGAUGGGGAGCCUCAUCUGCUUCAUCUGCCCGGCUCUGAUCUAUAAGAAAGCCCACAAGAAUGCCCCCUCAGCCCAGGUGGUGCUCUGGGUCGGCCUGGGCAUCCUCGUGGUCAGCACACUCACCACCCUCUCUGUGACCGAAGAAGCUCCUUUGGACUUGACGCAAGAAGCUCGCAGCGGCCGCCGAGGAGAUGCUGAGGGCGCAAUGAAGGUGGAGGCAGCCCGGCUAUCAGUCCAGGAUCCCGUUGUAGUUGUUGCUGAGGAUAGCCAAGAGAAGCUAAAGCCAGCAGAGGACAAAGAGGUACUGGAGCAGGCCCAGAUCAAGGGUCCAGUAGAUGUGCCUGGCGGGGAAGCUCCCAAGGAGAAGCAGGAAGCUGCACAGCUGGAUCGCCCCGGCCAAGGUAUUGCUGUCCCUAUGGGUGAGGCCCAUCGCCAUGAGCCUCCCAUCCCUCAUGAUAAAGUGGUGGUGGAUGAAGGCCAGGACCAAGAAGGGCCAGAGGAGAAAAAGCCACCUCCCAGGCUCCCUGAUGAAGGAGACCCUGCAGACAGGGGGCAGGGGGCACCACCUCUGCCUGAGUCAGAGAAGGAGAAGCAGGAACCUGAGAGAGGAGGGGAAGGAAAGAGACUCGGGCAAGUCCUGGCAGUAGGAGAAACUGAACGUCCUCAGAAGGUUCCAGAAGCAAAUGGCCAGCCACCUGUGCAGCCCAGGAAGGAAGAUUCCAGGCCAGGAAAUAGGGAUCCGCAGCCAGCUGCCCAGGCCAGGGACUCUGUGGAGCUGAAGGCUCUGGCAGCAGAUGACGGCAGGGAGCCUGCACAGAAGGCUGGAGGCGCCCUGUGGAAGCCCGUGGAGAAUGCUGCUGAGAGCGAUGCUGGUGGGAAGGCGGGCCUCCCUGUACAAAGGCCGGAGGCUGCAGAGCAGAGGGAGAAGAAGGAGGCUGAGCAACAGGGUGGAGACCAGGCAGGGAGCAAGCUGGAAGAAGAGACUUUUCAUGGUUUCCUAUUGUGCCUCUCUUCCAUAUGCCUCUCAAUGGGACGGACAGCUGAGAUUAAAAAGCUAGUAGCAGAAGCUGGGAGGGCAGAGAUGCUGGACCAUGCCGUGCUGCUACAGGUGAUCCAAGAACAGCAGGUGCAGCAGAAGCGCCUCCUGGACCAGCAGGAAAAGCUGCUCGCAGUGAUUGAGGAGCAGCACAAGGAGAUCCGGCAGCAGCGACAGGAGGGUGAGGAAGACAAGCCUAAGCCUGCAGACGUGCAGCCAGAGCCUGGGGUGGCUGUACUCCAAGGACAGGAGGAGGAGGCUGAGCACGCUGGGGAGACACUGGGAGAUGACCCUUCACAGCCUUUGCAACCUGUGCUUGGAGCUCCUAGGGGUCACCCCGCUCCAUCCCAAGACAUGGGCCAGCACCCCCCAGGGGAAGUCAAGGUGCUGCCAGGCAGAGACCCUGCUGACCUUCCUGCUGGUGGCUCUGACACAGAGCCCCAGGGGGCCCCGACUGAGCUGAGAGAAGACCCGAAAGGUGCUGCCCUCAAGGCGGCUGGAGCUGGGAAGGAGCUGGUCCCAGGGAACGUGGGAGCAGUGCACAAGGCAGCCCCUGCUGAGGUACCCGAGAGUCCAGAGAAGCAGGUUGCCAAGGCAGUUGCCGGGCAGCGCCAAGAUGUCUUUGGUGAAGGCUCCGAAGAAAGGAAAGAAACUGGAAAGGAAGCAAUGGCCCCUGGUGCUGAUACUCAGAAAGAGGCUGUCCAGCCCUUGGUAGGAGCAGAAGCUAAGAACACAAAAUCCAGGCAGUCGGGACCCACCAAGGCCCCAGUUCAGGCCCAAGCCAAGUUUCAUCCAGAAUCCCAGGCCAUCUUUGACACAGGUCAGGGUUCUCACCCAGAGGUGAGAAGUGAGGCCCCCCGAGGGGUUCACAUACCUCCUGAAGAGCAGCACAGAGGAAAAGGGGGUGCUGCCAUCCAGGAGGCAAAGCAGAGACCAGACCCUAACUCUGGGCCCAAACUAGCUGUGCCUGCGGGUCAGAAGCCAGAGAAUGCCAAACCCAACCGAGACCUAAAAGUGCAGGCUGGCUCUGACCUGCGGAGGAGACGGCGGGAUCUUGCCUCUCAUCCAGAGCAGGAGCUGGCUCCAAAGGAUGGCGUCAUCAUUAGCUUUAACUCCCUCCCUAAUGUUCAGGUGAACGACCUCCGCAGUGCUCUGGACACCCAGCUCCGCCAGGCUGCAGGGGCUGCAUUGCAGGUGGUACAUAGCCGACAGAUUAAACAGUUGUCUGGAGAUAUGGAGGAAGCCUGAGAGCCUGGUCAGGGAAAGGCUGCCGCUAGACAUUGGAUGGCAGCUGGUGUUCUCUGGUGCCACCCUGAUUGGAGGCCACAUUCUUAUGUUCCCAGGGAUCAGUAUCUAAGUCCCUCAUGAUGAGUUGUGAAAGUCUAACCUGCCACCCCACCCCAGACAUCACUUGCUCCAAGGCUACACCAAAGCACUCACUAGCCCGAGUAUGGUUUGGUUUUUGAGGCAGCCCAGGAAAGACAGUGCUAAGGUUCAGCUCCGACGCUUGUCUGUUCAGACUCACGGUCUGGCCAGAAGCAGUGCUGACAGCAUGGCAGGCAACUUUGAAGUUGCCAGUCUUCCUCUAACUUGCAACCUGUGACAGCCAGAUUUCACUGACUCCAUAGGGUGGGAAACCUGCAACAGGCAUGUCUGUCUGCCCUGGGGGGGCGUGGGGGGGGCGGUAGGUAUGACUUGACUUGGGCUGGGGAAGGAGGCACACAGCUCCCCUGGUUUUUAUCACCCACAUUCUUCUGAAGGCUGAUUAUGAAACAAAAAAUAAAAUGCCACUGACAAGUC